AUGGUUCUCGACAUUGAUCGAUUUCGUGAAGAAAAGGGCGGAAAUCCUGAGCAAAUCCGUAAAUCGCAACGCGACAGAUAUAAGGAUCCGGCGCUAGUUGAUCAAGUGGUCGAUUUUGAUCAGAAAUGGAGGAAAGAGCGGUUUACUGCCGAUCAAUUGAACCGCUCGAAGAAUAGGAUCAGCAAAGCGGUUGGAGAAAGGAUGAAGAAAAAAGAGGCUCCGGGUGAUGCGGGUGCCGAAGUUCCACCAAAUAUUGCGGCCGGAUUGGAAGAAGUGAAAGCCGAUGAAAUCACCGGUCUUACCAUUUCGCAGCUCAAGAAGGUACAAGUUUUGGUCGAAGAGAAGAUGAAGACCACAGAAGCAAGCAUGGUACAAUUGGACCAACAACGACAGGAAGCUCUUGUUCAGAUUGGGAACUUGGUCCACGAGUCGGUGCCGGUAUCUGACAAUGAAGACAAUAAUCGCGUUGAGAGAACUUUUGGAGAUAUUUCUGGUCGCAGGAAAUACAGUCACAUUGACCUUGUCGUAAUGAUCGAUGGAUUUGACGGAGAACGAGGUACGACUAUUGCUGGAGGAAGAGGAUACUUUUUGAAGGGACCACUCGUGUUUUUGGAACAGGCUGUUAUUCAAGUUGCACUCCAAACACUGUCUAAGAAAGGUUUCACCCCUUUGUACACUCCAUUCUUUAUGCGAAAGGAAAUUAUGCAAGAGGUCGCACAGCUCAAUCAAUUUGAUGAAGAAUUAUACAAGGUCUCUGGCAAAGGAAGUGAGGUUGCUGGUGACAAUACCGUCGAAGAGAAAUAUUUGAUCGCAACUUCAGAGCAACCAAUUGCUGCUUUCCAUCGAGAUGAAUGGAUUAAAGAAGACUCUUUGCCGAUAAAAUAUGCUGGACUAUCGACUUGCUUCCGUCAAGAAGUGGGCAGCCAUGGAAGGGAUACUCGGGGAAUCUUCCGAGUUCAUCAGUUUGAAAAGGUGGAACAAUUUGUUCUUACAUCUCCGUUGGAUGACGAGUCAUGGAAAACUUUUGAUGAGAUGAUUGGAAAUGCUGAGGAAUAUUGCCAACUUUUGGGAAUUCCAUAUCACGUGGUUUGUAUCGUUUCUGGAGAAUUGAACAAUGCUGCAGCUAAAAAGCUUGAUCUUGAAGCGUGGUUCCCUGGAUCAGGGACUUUCCGUGAGCUUGUCUCUUGCUCGAAUUGCCUGGACUAUCAGUCUCGUCGUCUCAAGGUUCGCUACGGGCAAACAAAAAAACUCGACGGAGAGGUUUCCUAUGUUCAUAUGCUUAAUGCAACGAUGUGCGCAACUACCAGAGUUCUUUGUGCUUUAUUGGAAAACUAUCAAACAGAGGAAGGGAUCAUGGUUCCUGAAGUGCUUAGUCCAUACAUGCCGUCUCAAUACAAAACGCUAAUUCCAUUCGUUCGCAAAGCGCCGAUCGACGAGGAAAAGGCCAAGGAAAGCAAAAAGAAAGGCGGAAAA